CCUGUUAACUGAUAAAUGGUGAAUAAUAAAUGGUGCUUUAUUCGAUAUUUAAAUAAGUAUCUUUUACAUAUUAAUACACCGUCUUUUUCCUUUUAACUACUAAUCAUAAUUCAUUCAAUGAAUACGAAGUUUGUAUGUACUGUAAAAUGUUAAGUAAGAUAAUCGACUUAUUAAAAACCCUGACAACAUGAUGCAGGAUCUCAUUGUAUUUUCUCAUUGAUUUUAACCUGCUCAAGCGUAAAUUGAUAAGACUGCUGAAUUGGUUUGAAGUGACGGUAUCACGUGUCUCACUGUAUGCUGUUGUUACUCAUUAUGUGUUAACUAUAAACACGAUAUGCUCAGUUUAACCAACUACUCACUAGGAGAGCUGGAUUCUAAUCUGGAGUUUAAUAACAAGGCAUAUGGAAACUGGUUUACACUUAUUCUGCUGGGUGUAUGGACAGAAUUUGUGGUAUUUCCUGAAUAGAAGAAUUUGAUGUUCUUCGCUGUGUACGGUGGAGGUGGUAAAAGGAAACAGUAGAGGAUGUGCUCUGUGGCUUGUACACUGUGUUUGCUCUUCAGUCUCUGGGCCUCUAGUUUAUGCCACACACUUAUAACUGUGGGACCCUGUGUGGGUGAUACGGAGAAGGCUACCUUAGAUUGCAGCAGACGUAAUUUGACAUCUGUACCUCAGCAAAUAUGGCCAAACGUGACUGAGCUGGACCUCUCUGAGAACCACCUAAAAAUAUUACCCACAAAAGCCCUGAAAAAGUUGAGGCAUUUUGACCAUUUGAUUAAGCUCAAUUUAUCAGGGAAUUACCUCCCCCUGCUGGCAAAGCAGCACUUCCACCACGUUCCCUCUCUGAAAAUACUGGACCUCACUGGAUGCAAGUUGGCUGCAGUUGAGCCCGGUGCUCUUCUCAGCCUCCCCAGACUGCAAAAGCUGUUUCUCGAUAACAAUGAUCUACAAAUUGUUGAGGCUGUAGCUCGUGCUAGCAAUCUUCAAGUAAUUGACAGAACCCAAGACUUUGAUAGAUCGGAGAGAAAUUCUGGUGAUGUCCUCAGCAUGGACAAUCACAGUCUAUUCCUACGCAAACUGCUCUCAGAAAACUUGCAGACCUCCAAACCCAACAACAGAACAGGGUCAGAAGCGAACGAUGGAAAAGGGUCUUCACACAGUAUGACCUGGCAGUACCUUGUGGCAGCUCUGGUGACAGCCAUCAGUCUUUCUGUGCUCAUUGCCGUCGGGGCAAAGUGUAAACUCUUCCAUAGGUAUUUAGCCAGCUACAGGCACGCAAGGCUCAGAGAGGGGGAUAGGGCGAGUCAAUAUGACUCUGCUAAUUUUGAGGUGGGAUUUUCAACAUCCCAAAUUCGGCCCAACAUCCAUAACUCAGAUAUGGCUAAUGGGAACAGAGAGGAUGAUGAUGAUGGAUUUAUUGAAGACAAUUAUAUUCCAGCAAGUGAGAGAGAAAGAGCAGCACGAGAAGCUGAACACUGGCAGGAGGAUGAUGAUGAUGAUAUAGAAGAGUUCAGUAUUGCAUAAACAAAAACAUGAGCUUAGUGUGACAUCUGUGUGGGACUGUUAUUUUUAAAUCCUAUUCUCACUUGCUCCAGAAAGAAUCCUGCCUGUUCUUGCAGAUAAUAUUGCUUCCACUUGCACACAAAAUUGUCUAAGGAACUUAUAUAAAUAUAAUCAAAUAAGUUUAGGGAUAAACCAGUUACUGAUGAUGAAUGAAUGAAAGCAAAAACUACUUUCGGUGUCCAAUAAGUCACAUAUCUGACCUCCCACUUCCAACCACAACAAAUUAGAAAUGUUUGUCAGAUGCCUCAGCAGUACAUUCCCCGUGCAUCCCUUUAGCAUCAGGGUUUCUAUCAUCAGAUGAAAAAUUAUAACUUGCACUAUGACUUGAUUAAUUUACAAAUGACCUUUUUAAAACAUCUAUUUAAAUGAUUUUCAUACUUCAAUACAUUUAUAUUUUGUUUAACGAUUUAAUGAAAUACACUCCAUUUUUUUCAUGUUUGAUCAUUUUUUUUAUUCAAAAUGAAUAAAAAGAAUGCUGACCACUGUAAGUCCUUUCGCAAUGUCUUUGAAGCAUAGCCAGGGAAAUCACAACUGCAAUUAUAAACGAUAUUUUUUUCUAGUUAUUAAACUAAUUUUUCUUAGGCAUGGUCACAAAAAAUAAAAAAAAUAAAUAGAUUGAAAAUUAUACAUUUCAGCAUCAUAAAUUCAUGCAAUAUUCCCUAUAAGUUUAUUUCUAAUAAACAAGCCAGUGGCAACAAUUGCAAGGAAAAACUUCCUGAGAUGGUAUAAGGAAGAAACCUCAUGUGGAACCAGACCCAAUGGAACCCUAUCCUCAUCUGGGUGACACUAAAUGUCCAUUCAUUAUAGUUCCAUCAUCAUUAAGGUCCUGUUAGGUGCAAAACUAUAAGUGGUACCUUAUAAGUGGUAGAGGAGAAGUGGUAGCUCAGUGGUUAAGAUGUUGGAUUUCUGAUCAGAAGCUGAUCAAAUCACAGCACAAUUAAUCUGCCAUUGCUGGGCCCCUAAGCAAUGCCCUUAACCCUCAAAUUCUUGUAUGAAUGAGAUAAAUGUAAGUCGCUCUGGAUAAGGGCAUCUCCCAAAUGCCAGAAAUGUAAAUGUAAUACUGUUGCAAUGCAGCCCUAAGUCACUGUAGGAUUAUAUUGAUUAUAGAGUGAAACACUACAGCAGAAUAAUAUAGUGUGUGUGAAAAAGCAUGGUGACCAUAAUCAUGUCAUCACUGUGAGCAAACUUAUUAUUCAACAUGACAAAGCAUGACUCCUUUAGUAGUCUAUAACAGAAACUGAAAGUGAUAUAAUGAUGUGCAUCUAAAAUGGGUCUGGCAGUGUUACAAGGAGGAUCCAAGUCUAUAUCACCUCAUGUUAAAGCUCUAAUGUUUAUGCAAGUGAAGAUUAGACCAGAACAAAAUCCAUCUUUGUGGACAGUCUAAUACAGAACUGUGUCUAAAUAAGUCAGGAUUAAGCCUUCACAGUUACUUGCUGGAUUUGACCUGAUACUUAAUUUGAAUGGUUUAAUCAAACACAUUUUUAAAUUAUGAGUGGAAUAUCUGAAUCCUAUCUAAAUCCUAAAUCCUACAUACUAUUUGAGUGUGUUCAAACAGGAAAUUUAGUUUUACAGUUUAAAUGGUGUUUUUACAAAAAAAGGUUUAAGAACCUCUGGGCUAAGCAAUAGAUUACGUCCAACCCAGUAAAUAAUUUUAAUUUAGCACUGCAUUUCCAUGAAAAAUUACUAUUUUUUGAAGAUGUUGGUACAAAGACUGUUUAAUAAUUUAUUUUCUGAUGUUCUAUACUUUAAUAAACCUUACAACAUUUCUCCAA